AUGACCUCCAGUGUUUCAAAACAAGAUGAAGAAGUAAGAAGAAGUAGCUUUUCGGAAUUCCAACCUUUGACAAAAAAACCUGCUUUGGAAAAUGGGAAAACCGUUGCUAACGACUCGUCUACCGCUGGCAGAAAGAUCUCUAAAAAAUUGACCAAGAAUAAAAAGGGUAGAGUCAAGAGAAAGUAUACUCAAAAGAAUUAUGAUCCAACCAAUCCAUUCGGGGUAUUGUUAUUGGAAGUCGAGGAAUUAUUCACCGAAAACGGCAUCAGUGAAGAAAAAAGAGCCGUCGAUAUCAACUUGUUGUUGAACUCAGAGGAUCUCUUGGCUAAAUAUAAUCGUAACUUGGAAGAAGUCAAAGUUUCCAAAUUGACAUCCAGUGGGGAUGGAUUGGCGUUAAUUCCUCACCCAGAGAUCGAAGAUGGGUUCCAGGCAGUGGUGAUUCCAUUCGCAUAUCCCGGGGAAACUGUCGACAUCAGAAUCUUCAGAACCCACCCAACCCACGCAGAAGCAGAUUUGCUCAAGGUUAGAGAAGGAUCGGAAAUGAGAGAUAACGAUUUGAUCAAUUGUAAAUAUUAUGGGAAAUGUUCGGGUUGUCAAUUCCAGAACGUCGAAUACACCAAGCAAUUGGAAUUGAAGCGUAAAACGAUUGAGAACGCUUAUCAUUUUUUUGCAAAGACCUUGAAGGCGGCCAACGCUUUGCCAAAAAUUAGUGACACCGUGCCAUCACCUUUACAAUACAAUUACAGAACUAAACUCACCCCACAUUUCGAUCUUCCAAGAGGGAAAUUCAACCCAGAAAUGAUCGAUAUGCCUGCUUUAGGUUUCGGAGCCAAGGGUAGACCAACUUGGAGAGAAUCCGUCCAAGGAGGUAACAAGAGUGUUUUAGACGUUGAAGAUUGUGCCAUUGGUACCUCAGUCUUGAACAAGGCUAUGUCCAAUGAAAGAGAAAUUUUCAAAAGAAUUUAUAAAACUAAAGUGCGCGGGGGUACGAUUUUGUUGCGUGAAAACACCAGGGCCAUGAAGAAUGAUUUGGAUGAAGAACAGAAAAAGAAAUUUAUCAAUGAAGAAAACGGAUCGAAAAUUCCUGAUACCGAGGAUAACGUAUACGACGAGGCGCCAAGUUCAAAAGAAGGCGAAACAUUGAUCAAAACCUGCUGCACCGAUUCCAAGCAAAUUGUCUCGGAAAACAUUGAAGGUAGAGAAUUUAGAUUUUCUGCUAACGAAUUCUUCCAAAAUAAUAAUUCGAUUUUACCAAUUGUUACAAAAUACGUGCGUGAUAAUUUGAAGUUCGAAAAUUCUGAAUCUGAGGAUCGUUAUUUAGUCGAUGCUUAUUGUGGCUCUGGUUUAUUUAGUAUCAUGUGUUCUGAUGGGGUGAAGGAAGUUUGUGGGGUUGAAGUGUCGAAAGACAGUGUUGCUUACGCUAAUGAGAACGCCAAACUUAAUAACAUUCAAAAUGCUAAAUUCAUUCUCGGUAAAGCCGAACAAAUCUUUGAUGAUAUUAAAUUCCCUUCAGCUUUGACAUCGGUGAUUUGUGACCCUCCAAGAAAGGGUUGUGAUGAACCAUUUUUGACCCAGCUCUCCAAGUUCCACCCUCUGAAGAUUGUCUACAUUUCAUGCAAUGUCCACUCCCAAGCCAGAGAUUUAGAGUUUUUCAUCAACAAUACUGAAAAUGGGUCUCAAUACCAAAUAGAAAGUAUUAGAGGGUUUGAUUUUUUCCCACAAACCCACCACAUUGAAAGUAUUGCCAUCCUUUCUUUGAAAAAAUGA